CACACACACCAUACACACGCACAAGCACAUACAUACAUACACACACACAAACACACACACACACACACAGAGCUCUAAGAUAAUAGAAUGUUUGAAGAUGCGCAUGCGCGGCUGCAGAUUGCUACCAAUUGCCAUAUCGUUAAUUGUAUUCAUCAUUUUGGGCAUCAGCUACAUAAUAAGUCCGCUGCGUGAGAGUGCCGCCCGCCGCAAACUGGAACGGGAUGAGUUUCUUGUCCAUUUGCCAGCCAACAGCGACGAGGACAAGUCAACAGUUGCGGACAGCGCUCACCUGGAAAGGAAGCAGCAGCAGCAGCAGCCAGGAGCUGGUCCCCUGCUGAAUCUGAGCGAUUUUGAUUAUCUGCUGGCAAGCAAUGUGUGUCGGCGGGCCGAACGGGAGCUGCUGGCUGUACUCAUUGUCACCUCGUAUGCGGGCCAUGAUGCAUUGCGCGCCGCGCACCGCCAGGCGAUUGCCCAGAGCAAGCUGGCCGAGAUGGGUCUGCAGCGCGUCUUUCUUUUGGCCGCGCUGCCGAAACGUGAACGCUUCCUGACCCAGGCGCAACUGGUUAGCGAACAGGCGCGCUUCGGGGACCUGCUGCAGGGUAACUUUAUGGAGGACUAUCGCAAUCUCAGUUACAAGCAUGUGAUGGGUCUGCGCUGGGCGGCCGGUGAAUGCCGGCAGCGCGCCAAAUUCAUCAUUAAGCUGGACGAUGACAUCAUCUACGAUGUAUUCCAUUUGCGGCGCUAUCUUGAAUCUCUGGAGCUUAGCCAGCCGGCGCUGGCCACCAGCAGCACCCUGCUGGCGGGCUUUGUGCUCGACGCUAAGCGGCCGAUACGGGUGCAGGCGAGCAAAUGGUAUGUGACACGACAGGAGUAUCCGCACGCCCUCUAUCCGGCCUAUCUAUCCGGCUGGAUGUAUAUCACAAAUGUGCCCACUGCCGCCAGGCUGGUGGCGGAGGCGGCACGCAUGCCCAUCUUCUGGAUCGAUGACACCUGGCUGACGGGCAUCGUGCGCACACGGCUCGGCAUUCCCCUGAUGCGGCACAACAAUUGGUAUUCGGCCAAUGCCGAAUUCCUUGACUGCUGUCUGCGCGACCUCAGGCUACAUGGCUACGAAUGCGAAUACUUUGCGGGACCCAAUGGCGGCGAUGCCAAGCUUCUCGUUGAGUUUCUGCACAACGUGGAGAAGUGCUACUUUGACGAAUGCAUUAAACGGCCACCGGGCAAAUCACUCCAAGCAACGUGUUUGGCCAGCGUCAAAUCGCCGGCUCUGGAGCAUGGAAUCGCUGACAUUCAGCCGCUCAAACUGAGAUGACCUCCAGUUGCCCAGAUUUCUUCAUUUAGGCUAAGGCAUUUUAGGCUUAGGUCAGUCCAUGUGCAAGCUGGCAGCCAUUGACUCGUCCACAUCGCUGCCAGUCAUCGUAUGUAAUAUUUAGACUGUAGGAUCGAAAAGUGCACCGAUCAGCAUAUACUCUAACUUAUUUUGUAGCUAACUUAACGCACAACUGAUUAUAUUACUGACUACAAUCUGUACACAGAAAACUAUUUGUCCGGAUUGACUGACUUCGAUUUCGAUCGAUAUCUUUUGACAACUUUUUCACACUUAUCGCCAAAUCCACCGCCUUACGUGGAAAUGGGUCCACUUGGCGAAAUUCAAUGCGAUUUGUUGUGAGCAUAUUUUGAAAGCACCUCCCUAAAAACUCCAUGUUCUCAACUAGCUAUUUUGAAAAUUUCACGUGCUGUUGCGGAAAAUGCGUGAAAAAUGGUUGUCUGUAACAAUUUUACUUUCCAUCCGAUACACACCGGGUAGCUCACGUUAGCGUAACAUAUUUCUUUAUUCUAAUAAUGCGGUCAAAUCCCAACGUAAUAAAGUCAUAUACCCAUUGCAAAAUAGUAAA